CAAAAUCCCCAUUUGGAUCGCAGGUAAAAGAUGGAGGAGAUUUUCGCUCUGAUAGUCUCAAUGAUUCUCAUAGUGGCGGUAAUUCCUUUGUUCUUUUGGAAACGUCGGAGAGAUGCUAGAUCACGGGAGGAAGUUGCAGAACCGCCACAGGUUCAGCCUCGUGAAAAUGUGGCACGUGCUACUGGUGGACGUAGGAUGCGUCGGAGACCUGCUGCAGCUUCUGGUGCUAGCUCCUCUACAUCCAAUGUUCAAGAAAACGUCAGUGGGAGUGAAGAUGAAGAUGAAGAUGAAGCUGGUGGGUCUCAAGCCAGAGCAUCAAAGAAGAAAGAGAAGAAGCGUCAAGAGCGGGAAGCACAAAGACAGGCUGAGGAAGCUGCACGCGAGUCAAGGAGUACAAAACAAGAUUGGUAUGCAGAAAUGCGGAGGAAGAAGGAUGAAGAGCGCGAGGCAGAGGAGCUGAAGCUGGAAGAAGAAGAAAAAGCACGACAAGCCAAGGAAGAAGAGGCAGCUGCGCUAGAGUUUGACAAAUGGAAAGGGGAAUUUUCAGUUGAUGCUGAAGGUACUACAGAGGAAGUGCAAGGUGGAAAUCAAGAUUUGCUCUCAGAAUUUGUUGAAUACAUAAAGAAACAGAAAUGUGUUCCACUUGAAGAUCUCGCCGCAGAAUUUCAUCUACGAACUCAGGAAUGCAUCAACAGGAUUGCCUCUUUGGAGAGCAUUGGGCGGCUCUCGGGGGUCAUGGAUGAUAGAGGGAAAUACAUUUACAUAUCAAUGGAAGAGAUGAAUGCGGUUGCAGAUUACAUCAAACGUCAAGGAAGAGUUAGUAUCUCACAUCUAGCAAGCAAGUCAAACCAGUUCAUCGACUUGGAGCCCAAAGUACAGCAUCAGCUGACCGAAGAAAUUAGCGGCAUGGAAGAGAUCUCAGUUUCUUAGUUUUGUUUCUCAGGUAAAAUCGUUUGUCAAAAACAAGAGUUAAAGCCUUAGGGACUCACUGCAACAUGAUGGUGUUUGGGUCAUAUACCUUCUUGUUCUUAUUUUACUACAAUAGUUUGAGAUCCUUAGGCUUGCAUCCAUAUACAGUACAUGAAAAUAUAUAAUCUUAUACAUU